AUGAAUUACGACUACAAGCGACUCCUUUGGAUCAUCCUCUCAUUUGCAGCCACGCCAUAUCAAGACAAUGAUGUAACACUAAUGAUUGAGGGAACAGCAAAUGACACACCACCGGUUCUAGCUGUGGGCUCAAGGCAGGACGCAAUAACGGCGAUCAGAGAACACUGUGGAGAGGACAUAGAUCUCCACGACAUCCACCCACAUCCGUCACUGAAUCGCAUGGUAUGUUUGUGGGUGGACAAGAGACGAUGGAGCCGUACGCGGCAUGUUUACAAGCGAGCGGCACUCACAACUAGGCGACGACAUGGUGAACAAGAUAUUACGGAUCGCAAACAUGCGUGGGCUCGUGACCACCCUACGAUAGCAACGGCCCUUGCGCAUAUUGACUGGAAAGAUAUUCGAUCUAUCACAGGAGCAACUGCUUGGGGAGAGCAAGUCCUUUAUCGUUUGAAGCAUCGCGCUUUUAGUAAUUGUGACUCGACCAGGGGACUGCCUGGAUGCCCCAUCUCCGAUUGCCUUCAUCAGCAUAUCACCACUGCACACACGUUUUGGACAUUCGCGGUGUGUGGUCGAGCUAGCACUUUGGCGCAGAGGAAGCGUGUUGGGCUCAUAACAUUCGACACUAUGUACGAGAUGCCAUGCAGGAUUGUUGGAAGGUGGGAGUGGUCGAGACCCUACAAGCAAUAUGGAGAAGGCGAUGCUUGUAUCGGGAACCAAGAGAAGACAAUAGUGCACAGCGAGCCGCUGCUAUAUUACAUGGGCGUCUCCGCAGCGCGUAUCUAA